AGAAAAUCCCAGCAAACAAGACAAACUAGGAGUCUUGAAACCUUUUCAUUCAAGAAAAUAACAAGAAAAAAAUCCAGCCAAAGCCCAUAAAAUUCCAACUGCCGGCUGCUUCUUGAAAUUCCUCUCCAUCAUCAUAUAUCCAAUACCAAUCAUGGCUCCUUCUCUAACCAAACCUUCACAGUCACUCCAUUUCAAGAAUGGCACAAAAUCUUGAUCACAUUUUUCUAUUGCUUUUCUUUUUAUUUUCCCUGCUGCCAACCAUGGCCCUGUCAAAAUCUUUGACCAGAUGCAAGGACAUAGACCCUGUAGUUCCCACAACACCCUUGCUCACCUUUCUUGAACGUGUGCAAGAAACUGCUCUUUCAACUUUUGGAGAGAGACACUUGGAUCCAAAACUUUACGUUGAUUUGUCCUUAAAAUUCAGUCUCUCAACAACUGAGAAGGCCUUUCAUGGGCUUCCAAGGAGUGAAAAUGGGACAGUUUCGAUUAAGGACUUGGAGGGGUUCUUAGCAAUGUACUUUCAGGGUGCAGGGGAGGAUGUGCUGUACUUUGACCCACCCGAUUUUCUUCCGGAGCCCGACGGAUUCUUGGAUAAGGUGAAGAAUCCGGAGGUGAGGGCAUGGGCGCUGGAGGUUCAUUCUUUAUGGAAGAACUUAAGUAGAAGAGUCUCGGAUGAGGUCCGGAAGCAACCUGAACUCCAUACUUUGCUUCCCUUGCCGGCCCCGGUGAUCGUGCCGGGCUCACGUUUUAGAGAGGUUUACUAUUGGGAUUCCUAUUGGGUGAUCAGAGGCUUGCUGGCAAGUAAAAUGUAUGACACUGCAAAAGCAAUUGUGACUAAUCUCAUUUCCCUUGUAAAUGUAUAUGGUUAUGCCCUUAAUGGAUCAAGGGCCUAUUACACCAAUAGGAGCCAGCCUCCACUCCUGAGUGCAAUGGUCUAUGAGAUAUAUAAUAGGACUGGUGAGAUGGAACUGGUUAAAAAGGCACUGCCUGAAUUGCUGAAGGAACAUCAAUUUUGGGAUUCUGAAGUACAUAAAGUCACCAUCCAGGAUGCUCAAGGCAGAAAUCACACGUUAAGUCGGUAUUAUGCAAUGUGGAAUAAACCCAGGCCUGAAUCUUCAACCAUAGACAAAAAAUCUGCUUCCAAGUUCUUGAAUGUCUCUGAGAAACAGCAAUUUUAUCGAGAACUGGCUUCAGCUGCUGAAUCUGGUUGGGAUUUCAGUACAAGAUGGAUGAGGAAUUCUUCGGAGUUUACAACUUUGGCUACAACAUCAGUCUUACCUGUUGAUUUAAAUGUGUUUAUACUCAAGAUGGAGCUAGACAUUGCCUUCUUGGCAAAAGAAACUGGAGAGGAAAGCAUUGCAGAGAGUUUCUUGGAAGCUUCUCAAGCAAGAAAGAGGGCAAUCAACUCUGUUUUCUGGAGUGAGAAAAUGGGACAGUGGCUUGACUACUGGCUCACUACAGGCACCACAUGUCAGGAAUCUCAAACAUGGAAUGCUCGUAACCAGAAUCAGAAUGUGUUUGCUUCAAACUUUUUCCCUUUGUGGAUUGAUCUGUUCAAUUCAGAUGCUACUUUGGUGGAGACUAUCAUGAGAAGUCUUCGAAGUUCAGGCUUGAUUUGUGCUGCUGGAAUUGCCACUUCUUUAACAAAUUCGGGACAACAAUGGGACUUUCCUAAUGGUUGGGCUCCACUUCAACACAUUAUAGUUGAAGGUCUGGCAAAAUCUGGAUCACAAGAAGCAAGGUCACUGGCAGAAGACAUAGCUGUUAGGUGGAUCAGAACGAACUACGUCGGAUACAAGAAAACAGGUGCAAUGCAUGAAAAAUACAAUGUAGAAAAGUGUGGAGAAUUUGGAGGUGGUGGUGAAUAUGUACCUCAGACUGGCUUUGGUUGGUCAAAUGGAGUUGUAUUGGCAUUUUUGGAGGAGUUCGGAUGGCCUCAAGAUCAGAGGAUAGACUGCUGAUUCGCAAGGAAAUUAACAUUAGCAGAUUUGUAUCACUUUCUUAGAAAGCGCAUCUCCCUUAAUUUUCUUGAGCCAAAUUGCUGACAGAUUAUUUAAAAAAAAAAAAAAAAAUCAGAUUCCUCUCAUAUAUAAAGGGUAUGUGUGUGCAUGUAUACUCUCUUUUCUUCCCCUGUCUACUCAGAUGGAUCUAGAAAAGGGACAAAAAGUUUAAAGAAUUAAUUAGGGUCACUUUCUGUUUCUGAGAUUCUCCCCUAUCAACAGCCAUGGUAGGUUCCAGACAUGAACAUGCAAGAUCAAAUACAAGGAUGGGUGUAUGUAUUCUGUGA